UAUGUGUGUUAUCAUCAGCUCAUUACCAACUCACCACCUCCAUUGGCUACACUCAAUCCAAUGGAAUAACCGUAAUAAAGAUUGAAUCUUUCUUCCAAACCAACCAAAACCCAUCUCCCUUCUCUCCUCAGCUUGGGCCUUCGUUGUGUGUUGCAAAAGCUCACAAUGGAGAGAGCUCGGCGGUUGGCGAACAGGGCUAUGCUGAAACGAUUGGUUUCAGAGGCCAAGAAGUAUCGUCAGAAUGAGGCUCCGUUGAGCGCUAGCUCGCCGAUGUCGUACACGCCUUCGAGGUACGUUUCAUCGUUGUCGCCUUGUUCUUCCCGUGUUCGAAGUGGUAUUAGAUCAGAUUCGUCGUUUGGGUCUCAGGCUCAUCAGACUCGGUCGAUUUCGGUCGAGGCAUUGAAACCCAGUGACACUUUUGCUCGCCGACAUAACUCGGCCACCCCAGAUGAGCAAUCCAAAAUGGCUGAGAUUUGUGGGUUUGAUGGCGUUGAUUCGCUUAUUGAUGCCACUGUGCCCAAAUCGAUUAGACUUGAUUCGAUGAAGUUUUCUAAGUUUGAUGAUGGGUUAACCGAGAGCCAAAUGAUUGAGCAUAUGCAGAGUCUGGCUUCUAAGAACAAGGUUUUCAAGUCUUUUAUUGGGAUGGGUUAUUAUAACACUUAUGUUCCUCCUGUUAUUUUGAGGAACAUAAUGGAAAAUCCAGCUUGGUAUACUCAAUACACACCAUACCAAGCUGAGAUUUCCCAAGGUCGUCUUGAGUCUUUGCUUAAUUUUCAGACCGUUAUAACAGAUCUCACUGGCUUGCCCAUGUCGAAUGCUUCCUUGCUCGAUGAGGGAACCGCGGCUGCUGAGGCAAUGGCUAUGUGUAAUAACAUUCUGAAGGGAAAGAAGAAGACUUUCAUCAUUGCCAAUAACUGUCACCCUCAGACUAUCGAUAUUUGCAAGACCAGAGCCGAUGGUUUUGAUCUGAAAGUUGUUACUGCUGAUCUUAAGGAUAUUGAUUACAAAUCUGGGGAUGUUUGUGGUGUUCUUGUUCAGUAUCCAGGCACUGAGGGUGAGGUUUUGGAUUAUGGGGAGUUCAUUAAGAAUGCUCAUGCUAAUGGGGUUAAGGUUGUGAUGGCGAGUGAUCUAUUGGCACUGACUGUGUUGAAGCCACCUGGUGAAUUUGGGGCUGAUAUUGUUGUUGGUUCUGCUCAGAGGUUUGGUGUUCCUAUGGGUUAUGGUGGUCCUCAUGCAGCGUUUCUGGCCACCUCUCAAGAGUACAAGAGGAUGAUGCCUGGAAGAAUCAUUGGUGUUAGUGUUGAUUCUUCGGGUAAGCCUGCUCUGCGUAUGGCUAUGCAGACUAGGGAGCAGCAUAUCAGGAGGGACAAGGCUACCAGCAACAUCUGCACUGCUCAGGCACUGCUUGCAAACAUGGCUGCUAUGUACGCUGUUUAUCAUGGACCUGAAGGCCUUAAAACAAUUGCGGAACGAGUUCAUGGUCUUGCUGGAGCGUUUGCACUUGGAUUGAAGAAACUCGGGACAGUAGAAGUUCAGGACCUGCCUUUCUUUGAUACAGUGAAGGUUAAGACUGCUGAUGCUCAUGCAAUUGCAGAUGCUGCUUACAAAAGUGAGAUGAAUUUGCGAGUUGUGGACUCAAACACUAUCACUGCUGCCUUUGAUGAAACAACUACCUUGGAGGAUGUUGAUAAGCUUUUCAAAGUUUUUGCAUCUGGCAAGACUGUACCAUUCACUGCUGCAUCACUUGCACCAGAAGUGAAGGGAGCAGUGCCUGCUGGCCUGAAAAGAGAGAGCCCAUUUCUCACCCAUCAAAUCUUUAACUCGUGCCAUACCGAGCACGAGUUGCUCAGAUACCUGUACAAGUUACAAUCAAAGGACUUGUCAUUAUGCCACAGCAUGAUUCCUCUUGGUUCUUGUACAAUGAAAUUGAACGCAACAACUGAAAUGAUGCCAGUAACGUGGCCUGGUUUUACUGACAUCCACCCUUUUGCACCUACUGAACAAGCCCAGGGAUAUCAGGAAAUGUUCACAAAUUUGGGUGAUCUAUUAUGUACUAUUACCGGGUUUGAUUCCUUCUCCUUGCAACCCAAUGCUGGAGCUGCUGGAGAGUAUGCCGGGCUGAUGGUUAUCCGUGCUUAUCAUUUGGCAAGAGGGGAUCAUCACCGCAAUGUGUGCAUUAUUCCUGUCUCAGCACAUGGGACAAAUCCUGCUAGUGCUGCAAUGUGUGGAAUGAAAAUUGUGCCUGUUGGAACUGAUGCCAAGGGAAACAUUAACAUCGAAGAGUUAAAGAAGGCAGCUGAAUCAAACAGAGAAAACCUAUCAGCUCUCAUGGUGACAUACCCUUCAACUCAUGGAGUGUACGAAGAAGGUAUCGAUGAGAUAUGUAAGAUAAUUCAUGACAAUGGAGGCCAAGUGUACAUGGACGGAGCUAACAUGAAUGCACAGGUUGGUCUGACUAGCCCAGGUUGGAUUGGAGCUGAUGUUUGCCAUCUCAAUCUUCAUAAAACAUUUUGCAUUCCACAUGGUGGAGGUGGCCCUGGCAUGGGUCCUAUUGGUGUGAAGAAACACUUGGCACCGUAUUUGCCUUCACAUCCUGUGAUACCUACCGGUGGCAUUCCUGCCCCCGACGAGGCUAAGCCGCUUGGAACCAUUGCUGCUGCACCUUGGGGUUCUGCGCUUAUUUUGCCAAUUUCUUAUACCUACAUUGCAAUGAUGGGAUCUAAGGGACUCACCGAUGCAUCGAAGAUAGCAAUCCUGAAUGCAAACUACAUGGCAAAACGCUUGGAGAACUAUUACCCUGUCCUUUUCCGCGGUGUCAAUGGAACAUGUGCUCAUGAAUUCAUUAUUGACUUGAGAGGCUUUAAGAACACUGCUGGAAUCGAGCCUGAAGAUGUUGCCAAGCGUCUAAUGGACUAUGGGUUCCAUGCACCAACUAUGUCGUGGCCAGUUCCUGGCACGCUCAUGAUUGAACCUACCGAGAGUGAAAGCAAAGCUGAGUUAGACAGGUUUUGUGACACUCUUAUUUCAAUCAGAGAAGAAAUUGCUCAGAUUGAGAGUGGAAAGGCUGACCUUCACAACAAUGUGCUGAAGGGAGCUCCUCAUCCACCAUCACUGCUCAUGGGAGACACUUGGACAAAGCCAUACUCGCGGGAAUAUGCAGCUUUUCCCGCUCCCUGGCUUCGAUCUUCCAAGUUCUGGCCAACCACAGGACGCGUGGACAAUGUGUACGGGGACCGCAACCUCACCUGCACCCUUCUCCCCGUUUCACAGUACGAAGAACAGGCGGCCGUCAAUGCUUAAUCUUCAUCGUCCCCGAUCUCCACUACUGCUUCCCUAGCUGCCAUUGUAAUAUAACUUCUUCAUUCUUAAUCUCAUCAUCAUACCCUUCUUCUCUUGCAGCUGCAUAAGGUGACACAUUUUCCUGAUAUCAGAACAAUUAUCAGCUGCUAUUAAUAACAAGUUGUUGCUAUUUGCAACUCAAAAAUGUUGUAAUUAUACUUCCAUUUCUUAUCUAGUUUCUUCUCAUAUCA